AGGGGUUAGGUGUUAUGCUCAGGGACACUUCGACUUGAGACAUGGGGCAGCCGGGACUCGAACCACCGACCUUGCGGUUCCCAGCACACCCGCUCUACCCCCCUGCGCCACGACGACGUUAUUUUGUUACCGUACAUUGUUACUGUACAUUGUUACGUACAUUGUCAGAUUAUGUUGUUUUCUUACGUUGUUAAUUGACAACAGUCCCGAUCCUUUUUCUAACCCUUUAGCAAUUUGUUUUGUUGCCCACUCUGAACAAUCAUUGCACGACAUUAACAUUUUGCAUUGUGCCUUUCUGCACACGUGAAGUUUUGCUGAAACCUGCGCUGCCACAAUCCUUUCGGGCGACCCAAUGCACCGAUUGCGGCAACUCCAUUCAAAUUUUCUCCGGAAAAUGUGCUGUUGUUAAUGUUAGUUUGACCAGAGCAAUAGGGAGGUGCCUGAAAUGAACCAAACCUUAACCUGGAGGUUUUAGACCAACAACUGUGCCUAUGAUGAGUGAUACGGUCCAUUUUGAAAGUCACCAGUCAACAGGCUAUCUAACAGGCUAUAUUAUCUCAUGUGAGCUUGUUGCAUUUUCAUUAUGUCUAUCGGUUCGCCUGUUGUGGAAUUAUUCUUAUUUUACUUAUUCAGCAUGAAUUUACAAGUUAUUUUAUGAUGAUUAUGUGUAAAAGUGUCUGCUAGAUUAUGUCUCUAAAGGAAUUUGGGUUGCAACCUCACAAAUUAUGUGCAAUAUGGAAUCUCGUGAGUCUGGGCUGUGUUCGGACUGGUUCAGAUCAGCAAGUCUAUAACAGCUGUGACAACUUUGUUUUUAUGACUGCAGAAUUAACUUUAUUCUACGUGAAUGACUGUAGUAUACUCACUUCAGCUUGAAGCUCCACUUGAACGAUCCGUUUGAUGUCUCAUCCUGAAAGCUUUGAAUGUGAGUAAACAUCAGCGCAGCAUUGGAGAGUUGGAGAGAGCUGAUUAAAGUUAAUUCCAGUUGCAGAGUUGAGUUUAUUCUUAUGGGCUGGCAGAAACCUUGUCAUAUAAGAACAUGUUUAAGGUGCAACAUAUCAAACGUUGACUCACAUUCACAUCUCAUUUGCUUAUAUUAAAAAACAUGGUCUUGUAUUUUGGUUUCCCACUGAACAUUUUACAUGCUUUAACUUAAGCCAAGUCUGCUCCGGUUGGUCGCUCUGCUUGGUGCCUGCGUAGCGGUGACGUCACAGCCCUGGCGGCUCGUUUAAAGGCGCAGUUCCUCGAAACAGGUUGUGUGUAUUUCUCUCUGUAUUUUCUCUGUUUUUCCUCUCUGUAUGUGAAUGUUUUUAGGGCGUAGGGCGCUGCUAGGGAGGACUUGUAGAGAAGGUCUUCAACCUGGGUUAACCAUUCCAUCUUAUUUCAGGCGGUUGUGCAAAAAGAAAAAAACAUUCCAAAAACCUAGUGACUUCGAGACGAGGUCAUCUGUGCAAUCUGAAAUGCAAUCUGCUGACUCAUUUCUGCAAGCAGGAGAGCAGCGAUAGAAGUUUCUAGAGAGGACGCCCUGGCUUCGCUCAAACUCCGGAGCAGCCAUGUGAAAGCAUAGGAAUAAAAGUACAAUAUGUGCAGUGCUGUUUGAUUAGCACGGGCGGGACCUACACACCCACACACACAAUUAUGUAAUUUGUGCUCGCCGAUUUUGACAUUCAUUCGUUGGCUUCACUUCUUGCACCCGGUGCUUGCUGUUUGGGUAUUAUUAGCGAUUUAACUUGAACCGCAGCAGACCUGUUUGUUGGUAAGGCUCAUUGUAAUCCUAUAGUUUGAAUGUUGUGCUCAUAAUGCAGUUGUUUCAUUACCGUCUAGUUUCUCCAUGUGGGCAGAUGGUGUGAAAUAAACUGUUUGCGAAAGGUUUCAGUGAAUUUAUGCAAACUAGACCCAUAUAACCUGAGAGUCUGGUGUUUCAGAUGGAGACAAAAGGACACGUCACUGCUGUGCAACAGCGUGGGAUGGAAUGUCACCUGCUUUGUAACGCACACACACGGGGAGAGAGAGGGUGUGUGUGUGAGAUAGAGAGAGAGAGAGAGAGAGAAAGAGAGGAGAUGUGUGACCUAACACACUGUGAUUCAUACUGUGAAAUUAAUCUUUUAUUUAGAUAGAUAGAGAUAAAAUAAAAUAAUACAUAAAUCAUAUUUUGAAAUGUCUUAAAGAGAAACAAAUAUUCUAAAUUUGAAUGAUUACGUCAAAUAUAUUAUACCUGUGAUGACAAGUUAGUUAGCCCUUAAUGUCCUCACUGAGAAAAAUGUAGUAGAAAAAAUAUUUUUUGCAUUAUCUUUUAGCUCAACAAAGUAAUAGAGAUGGCUUAAUUAGGUUAAGGUCAAUACACUUUUCAAUAAGAUAUAAUGACUCAAAAUGUGCUCUACCAAACGCAGAGAGUUAAAGGAUGAUGUGGAGAAAUAAGAUCCUUUAUUUAGCAUUCAUAUGUUGUAUGUUCAGUAACAAGGAAAUUCAAAUGAAAAUCAAGAAAAACAAACACUUAAACAGAAGAAAAUAACAAUAUAAACACUAAAAGAAGAUUGUUUGGACUAAUUAAAUAUGGAGAUGUUUAUCACAUAUUUUACUGGAGAAAUUCACAGUGAGUGCUGAUGAAAAUGACUAGAAUAAAAAAAUCAGGAGAUGAUAUUCCAAUGCUCAAAAAAAGGGGCGUCCUAAAACACAAACAUUUCAGCAUUUUUGUAAUUCUGCUUCUUUUGUCUCGAAUUCAAUGUCUGUUUUGUUAGAAUUCAAUCAUUCCUCAUCAUACUGUGUUUUGCAUCAUAUUUGGUUAAUACAAAAAUAUUUAUAAGCUCAAUGAGAGGACUAAACUUAUAGACCUCCUUUAGCUUUGUAGCCCAACGUUAGCCUCCUACUCCUGCUGAUUGCGUUGGAUUCUCAGAAAUCACAGUGGUGUUCAUUAUCCUGCUGAUCAAAAUAUGUAGGUAUCAUAAACAUGUGUUUGCCAAAGAGAUUCCUUUCUGUAAUCACCCAAAUCUAACCUAAGCUAACCUGCUGCUGCCUGCUAAAUCCGCUGAUCGUGCAGGAAUUAUUAUCAUCAUUUGAACUGAAACCUAAAAAUAGAACGGGAUAUGAUUUAAAUAGAGCAACGUAUACAUCUGGACGGAAGCACUUAGAAGUCCGACAAGGCUCCUACUUUGUCAUCACGUGGUCUCGUCAUCAGACAUAAGACACUGCACAGAUAUUACCACACACACCGUCCCACCUCUCACACACACACACACACACACACACACACACACACACACACACACAUACACACUGGGUGAGGUCUGGGCGUGACUGCCUCCACCAGGAAUGCAGUAGUGUGUGUUUUGAACUCAGCAUGCUGUACUCUCACCCAGGCAGAUGUGUCAGUUUCUCUGUACAUUCCUUGAGGCAGACAGGCAGAGAAACUGAUCAGUUUACAGAGACACACUGACGGGGACGAGGGAGGAAGGAGAACACAGGAGUCAAGAGCAGGUGCUGUCCGGAUGGAUGAAACCAAUGACAGAGGAUUUGGAUUAUUUUGGACACAGAAAACAAGCCCUUGAGGAAAAGCCCUGACUUGACUGGCCCUGUGGGGCCUCGACGUCCGCUGGAGUUUGUAUUUACUCACUUUCUCAUUUAACAAACUAGGGAUUAAGAUUGCAGGCUCUGAUUGUAAAUACAACUAUGACUCUGCUCCGGCUCUUCUGAAAGUGCCAACUCUGGAUCUUUGGAGUCAAAUUUUUCCUUCUCUGGAUUAUGUAAAGUAUGUCAGAAACACUUUAAGAGAAGAAGUAUAAGACGUCAGAGCGAAUGAUCUCCCCUGCAGAUGUUCAUCUGACGCCUGACCGCUGCUUCUGCACACACUGCAACACACACUGCUGAGGCCCAGCAUGGCAUCGCAUCACGUCGCAUAGGAGUGCUUGAGAGAGUCAGUACUUCUGGUCAAGUCCCUGCUGAAACCAUGGGGUCCCGUGUGAAGCAACCCAAGGAGAGUGGCCUGUCCUCUCUGUUUUCUUGCUGCUUCAAUCGGAGCGACCCACCGGAAAUCACCCACUGUCAGGACAGCACCACCCCCACGGCUGUGCUGGAGCCCAACCUGCCCAUGCCCCCCGUUCAGGAGCUGGACACCAAGUUCACCGAGCUGGUGGAUGAACUGGACCUUACAGAGGACAACAGAGCGGCCAUGUUUGCUUUGCCAGCAGAGAAAAAAUGGCGGAUCUACUGUAGUAAGAAAUUGGAGGCAGAGGAGAAUAAAGGAGCAUCCAGAUGGCCAGAGUAUUACAUUGACCAGCUGAGGUCCAUGGCUGCUAGGAAGACUCUGCUGGGACCAGAGGACGAGGAGGAGCAGGGAAGACAUCAAAUCAUAGAUGGCCUGAAGACAGCGCUGAGGACACAGCCGAUGAGGUUUGUGACACAGUUCAUUGACUUGGAUGGCCUGUCUUGCAUCCUGAAUUUCCUCAAGUCAAUGGACUAUGAGACCACCAACUCUCAGGUCCACACGUCUCUGAUCGGCUGCAUCAAAGCUCUGAUGAACAACUCGCAGGGCCGAGCUCAUGUGCUGGGACACUGUGAGAGCAUCAAUAUCAUCGCACAAAGUCUAACCACUGAGAGCAUCAAAACCAAGGUUGCCGUGUUGGAGAUCCUCGGCGCCGUGUGUUUGGUGCCGGGGGGACACAAGAAAGUUCUGGAAGCCAUGCUGCACUACCAGACCUUCGCCUCAGAGAGAACUCGCUUUCAGACCCUGAUGAUGGACAUGGACAGAUCCACAGGCCGCUACAAAGAUGAGGUCAACCUGAAGACUGCCGUCAUGUCCUUCAUCAACGCCGUGCUGAGCCAGGGAGCAGGAGAGACCAGCCUGGAGUUCCGCAUCCAUCUGCGUUAUGAGUUCCUGAUGCUGGGCAUUCAGCCGGUCAUUGACAAACUGUAUUCCAAUGAAAACGCUACCCUGAACAGACAUCUGGACUUCUUUGAGAUGUUGAGGAAUGAAGAUGAGCUUCAGAUGUCCAAACGGUUCGAUGCUGUCCAUAUAGAAACUAAAAGCGCCAGCCAGAUGUUUGAGCUGAUCAGGAAGAGACUGAACCACACUGAAGCUUACCCUCACCUCCUGUCUGCACUGCAGCACUGCCUCAUGAUGCCAUCUAAGCAAAGCAGCACCACUCACCACUACUGGACGCUGUUGGAUCGAAUUAUUCAGCAGCUGGUUCUGCAGACGGACAAGGGGGAGGACCCUGAUGUCGCUCCGCUGGAGGACUUCAAUGUCAAAAAUAUUGUACGCAUGCUUGUCAAAGAGAGUGAGGUCAAAGAAUGGAAAGAACAAGCUGAUAAAACGAGGAAAGAGCAUCACAACCUGCAGCAGCGUCUGGAGAAGAAAGAGAGGGAGUGCGAGGCCAAGAACAAGGAGAAAGAGGACAUGAUGGCCAUGCUGAACAAACUGAAGGACAAGCUGGAGCGAGAGAGCAACGACCACAAGCAGGCCCAGCAGCGCGUGGCAGAGCUGUCUGCUCUGCUGCAGCCCGGCUCUACGUCUGGUGUUCCUGGAGGACCUCCCGUGUCUUCUGCUGGUUCAGUCCCUUCUGGUCCCAUGCCGGCCAGCCCUGCUCCUUCUCCUCCUCCCCCCCCACCACCUCCUCCUCCAGGAGGCCCGCCGGCUUUCGGCAUGGCCCCAUUGGCCCCGCCUCCUCCUCCUGGAGCUCUAUUGGGAACUGUCCAGGAGAGGAAGAAUAUUCCUCAGCCAUCCAACCCUCUAAAAUCCUUCAACUGGAGCAAACUGCCUGAGAACAAGACAGAAGGAACCAUAUGGAGGGAGAUUGAUGACCUCAAGGUGUUUAAAGUUCUGGAUCUAGAGGAGCUGCAGAGGACCUUCUCAGCUUACCAGAAACCACAGCAGAAGGAUGCUGGGGAGGAGCCGGCCGCUGUGAAGAAGGUCAAGGAGCUGUCAGUGAUCGACGGUCGCCGAGCACAGAACUGCAACAUCCUGCUGUCACGGCUGAGACUGACCAAUGAGGAGAUCCGCCACGCCGUCCUGACCAUGGAUGAACAGGAGGACCUACCCAAAGACAUGCUGGAGCAGCUUCUGAAGUUUGUUCCUGAGAAGAGCGACAUGGAGCUGUUGGGAGAACACAAGCACGAGCUGGAUCGUAUGGCCAGAGCAGACCGCUUCCUGUAUGAAAUGAGCAGCAUCAACCACUAUCAACAGAGACUCCACUCUCUUUACUUCAAGAAGAAGUUUGCUGAAAGGGUGGCUGAUAUCAAACCUAAAAUCAAAGCUCUAAGUCUAGCGUCCAGAGAGGUGGUGCAGAGCGGGACUCUGCGCCAGCUCCUGGAGGUGGUGCUGGCCUUCGGGAACUACAUGAACAAAGGACAGCGGGGGAACGCCUACGGAUUUAAAGUGUCCAGCCUCAACAAGAUAGCUGACACCAAGUCGAGCACAGACAAAAACGUCUCUUUGCUUCACUACAUGAUCACUGUACUGGAGAAGAAGUACCCGAAGGUGGUGGCGUUCAGUGAAGAGCUGCCGAAUGUUCCAGAAGCUGCCAAAGUCAAUAUGACGGAGUUGGAGAAGGACUUUGGCAAUCUCAGAUCUGGCCUGAACAGCGUUGAAGCGGAGCUGCAGUACCAGCGCGGUCAGUCCCCCCAGGGUCCCGAUGACAAGUUUGUCCCCGUGGUGGGUCAGUUCCUCACGGUGGCCUCCUUCAGCUUCUCGGAUGUAGAGGAGUCGCUCAGUGAGGCCAGAGAAGUGCUUGUGAAGGCACUGAAACACUUUGGAGAAGACUCAUCCAACCUGCAGCCGGAUUCCUUCUUUGGGAUCUUCGACAGUUUCCUUGCAGCUUUCUCAGAGGCCGAACAGGACAACAUAAGGAUGGCCCGACGCAAGGAGGAGGAGGAGAAGCGGGCACUCGUGGAGGCACAGCUGAAGAGAGACCGGGAGCAGAAGUCGAAGAAGACCAAACCAAACGAGGAAGAGGGGGGCGGUGAGUUCGAUGACUUGGUGUCCGCUCUGCGCUCCGGAGAGGUGUUCGAAAUGGACAUGUCCAAGAUGAACCGCAGGAAACAACGGAGACACAACUUGUUUGACGGCAGCCGUGAGAGAUCCGUGACAGAAGUGUCCCAGCAGGAGGAGUCGGUUUGACUGUGGAGCUGUCUGGAACUAUGCUCUGUAACAGUAUAUCCCAAUAUAUGGACCUGAAGCAAAGAAUAACAAAAAUACACAUGAUCUCUGAUAAUGUGAGUUAUUAUAGUCAUAUAAUUAUAUCCUUGCCCAAGUUUGCACAGCUCUCACUUGUAAGUUCCUUUGGAAUUGUUAACUUAGUAGAGUCAGGACCUUUUUUCUGUCGUAAUAUGGAUGUUUUAGUUCAGGGUCGAUGGAUAGGUCAAACAAACAGAACUUUCACCGACGUUUCUUUGCAACCAAAAAUGAAUGUUGAGAUUAUGCUGUCUUGUUUUGCAGCAUUAGUCUACUCGGGCUGUUAUCUGUUUACACUCGUUAGGUUGUUACAUUACGUUGUUUCAUUGCGUUACAAACCAUGAUCUUUUUUUUUCUAACCAUUACCAAAUAAUUUGAUUGCCUAAAGCUAAGCCAGCGUUUAACAUUGCAAGCAUGAUACCCGGCUGAAAUUAAACAUAUUCAUGAAACCAAGAUCCGUUCUGAGGACUAUGCAGGUUCUGUGUAUGACACUCAGAACCACUAGAUGUUGCAUUCGAAACCAGCUUCUCUCGGACCAAAAUAAAUGGAUGCAUCAGUGGUUAGAAUGUUGAUUUUCACUGUAUGGAGUUAUUUUAGUAACAUUAAUGUUACAUUAAGUUUAACACUUCGAACGUCACUCUCUGUCCAAACGUGGCUUUAACUUGCUUCUUGCAUCUCCAGAGGAAAGUUUUAAAUCCCUGAAAGCGUUGGUCGAGGACGUCUGUAACGCGUUCAACUACAUAUCUUUUGUAGGGUAAAUUCCAAUGUGUCCUGAUGCUCACAUAAAACAAAGUACCAAAAAAAUA